UUGCUUGCUUGAAGGUAGUUGGUACAUAGCCAGAUGUUAAUGACCCAUUGAUGAUUGUGGAGAUGAAGGGCAGGAGAUCUUGUGUGGUGGUCUGAAGCAUAGUUGAAGGGAUUGGACCAGAGAUCCAAAGGACAGGUGGUGGAAUUGCAAGAUUGGAUGAAUUGCAGAUUCUCAUCUUCUGUUAAGGUUGAGAGGCUUGACAGAGAAGUAGUGGAUUGUUGGCUGUGUUGUGUAGUCAUUGUUGGGGAGGAAAUGAAGGUCUGGCAGAUUUUCUUAAUCUUCUCAUCAUAGAAGGAGGCAAAGUCAUCAGCAGUCAGGGAGGAUGGAGCAGGUGCAGCAGGGGGGUUGAGUAGUGGGGAGAUGUUGUGGAGUUUACGAGGAUCUUGUGCAGAGGCCUCAAGCUUUUCCUUGUAGAAGGCAGUUUUAUUCAUACAUAUUCAUCCCAUUCAUCCAUACAUCUCAUUCUGGUUGUACUGCUGUUUGGACGUCUGGUAGAUGCUACACUGCAUUUCAUACUAUGCAAUGAGAACGUUUCAUCCAAUCCAUCUAUCUAUCCCAAGCCAUUCAUCCAAUUGAAUUCAAUUCAAUUCACCCAAUCCAUCUAACCCAAUCCAAUCAAAUCCAUUUCAUCCAUCCAUAUACAAUCCAAUCCAUCUAUUCAUCCAUCCAGCCAUCCAAUUAAAUUAAAUGUGUAUAGAGCUUUUUACAAUAAUCGUUGUCUCAUAGUAAUAAGGGUAUAUAAAGUAAUGUGUAAGUUUAUUGCAUAAAAUGGAGUUCCUUAUAAUUUUUUAUCCCUGAUAUAUCCAUCCAUCCAUCCAUCCAUCCAUCCAUUCAUCUUUCUAUUGUACACAUUUCCUAAUGACCUUCCUGAGCUCCAUCGAGGGCUUCUGAAUAUAGUUACAUUUAUAUAGUCAGUACAGUGAUUUUAACUCAUGGAAAAAAAAAAACAGUUCACAUGCUGCACACACACCCAAACUCUUCUUUCACUUUCCUGUGCUGACAGUUAGUAGGCAGACAAUAACAUACCGAACCAGCCCUGAUACCAUCACAAGAAACAAAAGUGUGAUAGAAUAAAGAAGCUCCUUCACCAGGAUCUCAUUUCAGUUUUGGCUUCAAAAAAACAUUGAAAUUAUAGUGACUGUACAGUUUAUCGGCUGAAGCGGAAUGGCGAUGAUGCUGAUCACAACACCCAGCCCUGAAUUUAUUUCUACAACUGAAUUUGAUUACAGUGAUUUACCUCCUGAACCGUGUGAUUACGGCCCUCAUUCAAGCCACAUUCUCCCGGUGCUCUACUCCGUGUUCUUCGUGGUGGGUUUGUUGGCCAACAUGCUGGUGCUGUGGGUGAUCCUGAGAGGUUCUCAUAUUAAAACCAUGACUGACGUGUCUCUCCUGAACCUGAUCAUUUCUGACCUUCUGCUAAUCUUCACUCUCCCCUUUUUGGCUCAUUAUGCCAGAGAUCACUGGGUUUUUGGUAGCACCAUGUGCACCCUGGUCCUCAGCGUGUACCACAUUGGGUUUUACGCCGGCAUUUUCUUUAUUGUGCUGAUGAGCAUCGACAGAUACUUGACGAUCGUCCGUGCCGUGUACUCUUUGAGAAUCCGUACAAAGACUUGUGGGAUUUUAGCGUGCAUCUUCAUCUGGAUUCUCGCUGUUGCGUCUUCAUUUCCUGAACUACGGUAUCUUGGAGUCAUAAACAAUGGGAAUGAAACACUUUGCAGCGCGUAUCCAGAAAAUAAUCACAAUAAUAUAAAAAGUGGGUCUAUCUUUAAAAUGAAUGUUUUGGGGCUGCUAAUUCCACUGAGCAUUGUGGGAUUUUGUUACUUCAUGAUCCUCUGGAGCCUUCAGAAGUCUUGUAGGUCAGAAAAACUGGCCAUUCGUCUUGUUAUUGUGGUCAUGGUGGUGUUCUUCUGCUGCUGGACACCGUACAACAUCGCAGCGUUCCUCAAGGCACUGGAACUGAAGCACAUCCUGACUCCAGGGUGUGAACUCAGUAAAACCAUCCAGCUGCUGCUGCAGAUCACUGAAGCCAUGGCGUAUUCACACAGCUGCCUCAAUCCGUUCCUCUACGUGUUUGUGGGUGAAAAGUUCAAAAGAGAUCUCUCCAGGCUUCUCCUCCACACUCCAUGCAGCCAAAUACAGUGUUUGAAGAUCUACUUGACCCAGGCUGGAAGCUUAGAGUAUUCCCGGUCCACAAGUAUGGAGGAACAUAAUUUGAAUGGAGGAGCAACCGAACUGAUGUAGUAGAAAUGAGGGGCUUGUAUUUGUUUGUGUUAAAUAUAUAAUCUGAGUGAUAGCCUUAUAUUUUAUACAUUUGAUAUGUAUACAUUUCAUUUGGGGAUAUAAUUAUUAAUUUUUUUUUUAUUGCAUAAGUCUGAACAACUUUAACUGCUAAUACUUUCUGGAAGCUGCUUUUUGCCUUUAUUACAGCAUCAUGCAUUCGGAAAUCUCUAUUAACUUCACACAUUUAGUGACUUAAUGAAUCUUUUUGUAUAACUAUGAUGGGUUUACAUAUUCUUCUUACCCUCUAACCCACAGACCUCAAUCUUGUGCAGAACACAGCUACAUUUAUGUUGUUAUUUCUGUCUUUAUUCAUUAAAAACCUGCAAUUUCA